AUGAGCAGUGCAUUAUUAUAUGGACCACGUAAUGGUGGAAUGGAAAAGUUUGUACAUGAAAUUCUUGGAAGAAAUAUAUAUUUUGAUGUUCGAUUAUCGAGAUUAAUUCAAAAUGAAACAAUUAAUCGUGAUAGCGAUGAUUUAUUUAUUCAGCAUGGAUAUUAUGAAGAAAUUCUUUUUCAAGAGCGUGCUCACAAUACUGCGCUAGAAAUUACUGGUGAUGUGAAUUGGUUAACUGAACAAUUUCGGAAAGAAUAUGAAAAUGUUUAUCCAUGGAAUUUUUCAUUAAUAAGAAGUUUAAUACAAUAUUAUAAAUUAAUAAUAGA